AUGUCGUCGUAUAACCACCACCACAACCACAGCUACAACCAUAGCCAUGACAGCAACAACGGCAACAACAAAUCCCUACCCAGAUUGCCCGGGGACAAGUCGCCUCUGCUCUGGAUCAAACAUGCAGAGCUUCAAGGGCAAGGGCAAGCUCAGGCCCAAUCCCGACCUCGCCGCCACCGCAGAAACCCGCGCCUCCCGCCCAAGGACAUCUACCUCAGCCUGGCGAUGCUCCUGUGCCUGAACCUCUCCUUCCUGACCGUCUUCUACACCCGCUUCGCCAUCUUCCUGGGCCAGAUCAACCAGCUCGUGCUGAUUGGCUUCCUCGUCGCCGUCAUGGGCAUGUGUCUGGAAGGCCAGGUGCUGCGCACGGCGCUCAUGGCCUGUGGGAAGCGCAGAGCCACCACGCUGCAGGACCUGGACGCGCUGAUGCGCAAGGACCCCUUCGCCGACCACGUCUUCUGGGCGUAUCGGCUCUUGCUGGCCAUCAUAUUCGGCCUCCCGCUGCUGCUCAGUGUGGGCUACAAACAAUUCAUUGGGGGCAGCAGCACGAUCCUGGUGCACGAGGGCCCCGGGUUCUUCGGGUUUGCGGCGCCGCCGGGCAUGCAGCGCAUCGGGGACGGCCUCUCGCUGCUUGCCCAGGUCUACGUGCCGUUCUGGACGGACCCCGGGUUGAACCGCACGUACGGUUUCAACGUGUUCGUCGCCGACGACAACAAGACCGCCGCGAUCGUGGACUCGCCAUUCCCUUCCUACCUCACCGAAAUCCAGAGCCGGCUGAAGGACGGAGAGACGUUGACCAUGUCGACGUCAGUCAACGCCACCGUGUCGGAGAUGCGCGAGAUCUCCGACGAGGACAGGAACAGCCUGGAUUUCUGGACCGACGUGGCCGAGCAGUUCGGCCACGACUAUACCGUCAACGGCGGCAACGUGCGCGGGGCGAACAAUGCGCUCUGGGCCGGCAUGAGUGGCAACUUCCUGACCAACUUCACCACCAUGUACUUCUCGGCCUGGAACACCACCAGCAACGAAACCUUCGAGUCGGAAGCCAUCCGGACCGAGCAGUCGCGGCGCAUCGCCAACGUGACCUGGGUCAUCUCUCCCUCCAACAUCACGCUGACCGCCGCGAAGCUCGUCAAGACAGCCGCGGUCGUGAACCAGACGGUGCUCCAGGACAACGCCAUCGGCCUCCAAGAGGCAUUCAGCAACUUCCUCGGAGAGUACGACUGGCACAACCGCGCGGGGGCCUUCGACUAUCCCUAUCCGAUCUCGUCGGACAGCAAUCCUGUGUUUGCGCAGCCCGUCAACACCGUGCCGGCUCUGGCCGCCGCCAUGGCGUGGGCGCGGACGUCCAGCCUCGACACCAUCGUCCGGCCGCAAGGAAUCCAGAAUGCGGCGAUCCGAGCACAGACGGGUUACGACAAGGACGCGAAGGACAUUCUGACCGUCAAGACUGUGCCGACGUUAAGACGGGAUCCACUGCUGAUCCUGCUGUUGGCGGUCAACCCGCUCCUCUCCUUCAUCUGUCUGGCCAUCAAGGGCUUGCUGCUCCACGACAGUCCCGUCAGAGACGGGUUUAGUAGCAUCGCUCUGCUGGCAGCCUCCAGGGAAGCAGAUUUUGUCUCGUCCAAGGACGCCGACAGCCUCGCGAGUGGCCGGCCGAAGCGGCCGGUCGUCGUGAAUUUCACAGCAGAAGGGGGCUGA